AUUAAUGAAUUUUUUCGAUUUCCUAACAUUUUUCUCUCUUCUAUCCCAAAUUCCAAAUCUCUAGUUAGUGCAGAUUUUAUUCUUUCCCUUUUCUACCCCAAUACCCCCCACUCAGAAUUUGGCCUACUUAAGAUGGCAAUCUCCUUCACCACUUCACACCAUUAGCCUCGCCAAAUUUCUCUUUAUCAUCACAUUAUCACAAGGUGAUCUGAUUCUGUAGCAAAUUUUGUGGCAGUGAUGGCUUCCCAGGAGAAGAAGAAGCUGCAGAAAAGCUACUUCGAUGUUUUGGGUUUGUGUUGUUCUUCUGAGGUGCCGCUUAUUGAGGGCAUCCUGAAACCUCUGGAAGGAAUCAAAGAGGUUUCUGUCAUCGUACCAUCACGAACCGUCAUCGUUGUUCAUGACGGUCUCAUCAUUUCUCAGCUCCAGAUUGUUAAGGCUCUGAAUCAAGCAAGGCUAGAAGCGAAUGCUAGAGUGUAUGGGAAUGAAAAGCACCAAAAGAGAUGGCCAAGUCCAUAUUCAAUUGCUUCUGGGUUGCUACUUUUGCUUUCGUUUCUCAAGUAUGUUUAUUCUCCACUGAAAUUUCUGGCACUUGGAGCAGUUGCUGCGGGCAUAUUCCCAAUUAUCUUAAAAUCUUUUGCUUCACUUCGGAACGCAAGACUUGACAUCAACAUUCUCAUGAUUAUAGCAGUGAUUGGCACAAUUGCUAUGAAUGAUUAUUUGGAAGCCGCCACCAUUGUUUUCCUAUUCUCAAUUGCAGAAUGGCUAGAAACAAGGGCAAGCUACAAGGCAAAUGCAGUAAUGUCAUCACUGAUGAACAUAACUCCUCAAAAAGCAGUCAUAGCUGAAACAGGAGAAGUUGUGGAUGCCGAUGAAGUGAAAGUUAACACCAUCAUUGCAGUUAAAGCAGGGGAGGUGAUACCCAUUGAUGGGGUUGUUUCAGAUGGAAACUGUGAAGUUGAUGAAAAACAUUUGACUGGGGAAUCAUUCCCAGUAGCCAAGCAAAGGGAUUCUACUGUCUGGGCUGGCACCAUCAAUUUAAAUGGCUAUAUUAGUGUGAAAACCACUGCAUUGGCUGAAGAUUGUGUGGUUGCUAAAAUGGCAAAGCUUGUGGAAGAUGCUCAGAACAGUAAAACCAGCACUCAGAGAUUGAUUGACAAGUUUGCCAAGUUUUAUACCCCAGCUGUGGUAGUCAUAUCAGCUCUUGUAGCUGUAAUUCCAUUAGUGUUUAAAGUGCAUAAUGAGAAGCACUGGCUUCAUUUUGCACUAGUGAUCUUAGUGAGUGCAUGCCCAUGUGCAGUUGUACUUUCAACACCAGUUGCAACUUUUUGUGCCUACACUAAAGCAGCUACAUCGGGUCUUCUCAUCAAAGGGGGUGAAAAUCUUGAGACACUUGCCAAAAUUAAGACCAUGGCUUUUGACAAAACUGGCACUAUAACAAAGGGUGAAUUUGUGGUGACAAGUUUUCAAUCCCUUUCAGAUGACAUUGAUUUGAGCACAUUGCUUUACUGGGUGUCAAGCAUUGAGAGCAAGUCAAGUCAUCCAUUGGCGGAAGCAAUGGUUGAUUAUGGAAGGUCUCUCUCUAUUGAACUAAAGCCAGAAAAGGUGACUGAAUUUGAAAAUUUUCCUGGAGAAGGAAUCAGAGGGAAAAUUGAUGAGAGAGUUCUUUUCAUUGGUAACAAAAAAAUUGCCACAAGAGCAGGGUCUGAAUCAGUUCCGACCUUACAAGGUGAAGAUCAAAGAGGAAAGACCACUGGGUACAUAUACUCUGAAGGGAGCCCAGUUGGAUUUUUUUCUCUAUCCGAUGCUUGCCGAUCAGGGGUUCAGGAAGCAAUAGCGCAGCUUAAGUCAUUGGGAAUCAAAACCGCUAUGCUCACCGGGGAUUGUCAAUCAGCCGCAAUGCAAGCACAGGAGCAGCUUGGAAAUGCUCUGGAUUUAGUCCAUGCAGAACUUUUGCCAGAGGACAAGGUGAAAAUCAUCUCAGAGUUAAAAACUGAAGGCCCAACAGCCAUGAUUGGAGAUGGUGUUAAUGACGCGCCUGCAUUGGCUACAGCUGAUAUAGGAAUCUCAAUGGGAAUUUCAGGUUCUGCACUGGCAAGUGAGACAGGCAACAUAAUUCUCAUGUCAAAUGACAUUAGGAAGGUACCAGAAGCCAUUAAGCUUGCAAAAAAAGCUCGGAGGAAAGUGAUCGAAAAUAUUAUCUUGUCGGUCAUUACUAAGGCUGCGAUUGUUGGUUUGGCCAUUGGUGGUCAUCCAAUUGUUUGGGCAGCAGUUCUUGCUGAUGUUGGAACAUGUCUCUUGGUCAUCUUAAACAGCAUGUUAAUUCUGAAGAGAGGACAUAAGCAUGGAGGAAAAUGUUGUAAAACUUCAACUCAGAAACAUGUCCACAAAAAUGGAUGUGGUGGUGGCAAUUCCCCUCAUCAUCACCAUCAUCACGGGCAUAAGAACCAUGAUCACCAGCAUAAACACCAACAUCAGCAUCAACAUGAAAGCCAUGAUCAUUGUUGCUCAGACAAUGCAAAAAAGAUAUCUCAGCCUCAGAAGUGUGCCUCCAAGACAUGCUCCCCUAAGAGUCCACCCUGCCCUUCAAAUUCAAGUUUAUGUGGAAGUGUUAAGCAUCUUAAUACCACGGAGGGUCAUGAUCAAUGUAAGGGAAAUGAUGAAUUCCAGGAAUCAGAUCACUGCCAUCAUGGAAGAUGUGACAAGAGUCAAGAUGGAGUCCAUAAGCAUGAUACCGAAAGCAAGGCUUGUUUGGAGUCACACAAUUUGAUCCUAAAUGCAGAAAGUUAUGGUGCAGUUACAACAAACAAGCAUAGUAGUUGUUCAGGACACAAGUCCCAUGGGGAAAAACACUGCCACACCCAAAAUGUUGACAUGGUUACUCAUGAUAGUGCUUCAAUUUGUUCUCUUAGCCAUUUCAAUGUCUCUUGUAAAAAAGAAAGCCAACAGUCUGCUCAACAUUGUCACGUGAACCAUCAUUGUGAAAAUCUGAAAGACCAUGGCAUUCAGCAUAAAAAAUCAGGUUGUGAUUCUGAUUCUGAGAAGCAUGGGACUGGUGAAAUAUCCAUUGACAUCGCUGAUGAGCCUGUUGCCUCCAAGCAUGGUUGUUUAAGUUUGAAAGAGGAAAUAAAAGCUUCUUCUUGUUGUGAAGACCGCUCGGCUACAUGUCACAAAUUGCUUGCUGAAUUUGGCUGUGAGGGUUUAAGUGAGAGAGAAGUCAGUGCUUGUUGCAGAAAUGAAGGCACUUCGAAAGAGUCCCCGGAAUCCUCUAUUGUGCAGCAUGCUUGUAUUAGUUUGGACAAGAGAGAAGUUGGUGGAUGUUGCAAGAGCUACAUGAAAGAAUGCUGUGCCAAACAUGGACAUGGACACUCAGGGGCUGGUUUUGUAGGAGGCUUAUCAGAAAUUAUUACAGAAUAGGUGUAGCUGACUCCACAAUAAGCAAAAGAUUUGAACAAGUUUGUAUUUAGCAGAUUUUCAUGGUGUGGAAUGACAAGAAAGGAACCCUUUAAAUUAAUAACUGUAAGUGCUUAUACAGGCAACAUACUGUUAAUAGUCUUGUAUAUUGUUUGAACAGGUAGUUGGAUGUAAUACAACAUGUCUGUGACCUCCAUUUAAUAAGGUGGAUAAACAGCCCUGUGGUAUGAGUUGAAGGUUUUGCAGGGCAAACAAACAUUGCUCUGGUAGGGCACCUUGGCUUUUCAUUUUCAAGUUUUUUGUUAAGGGAAUUGGGCUUGUAAGGAGAAGGGAAACCACUCCUUUUAGCACUUGUUUGGGUAGAUGUUAAGGGCUUCUGGCUCUUUCAUGUAUGUUGCCUAAUAUACUGGUAGAUGUUAACAUCAAAGCUAUAACUUCUGUUA